UUCAACAUCACUCUUGUACACUCGACAUCAGCUUCAAUCAGUUGUUUUACCUACAAUUUACGCUUCCAAGUGAAGAAGUACUGGAGUGAAAAUCUCAUUUUGUCAUCAAGUUUUUCGGUGAAUUGUCGGAUUUUGGUUUAUUUCGGUUUGUGCAGUGAAAACAGUGAAAAUUCAAAUCGAAAGACAUACAAACAUUACUUCUGGUUUUGGAUGUGCCACGGAUUUUUCCAUUAACUUUCAAAAAACUUUGACAAUUUUGUUUUUAUUGUGCAAACAUUCAAGUGCAAAAGUGCUGCAAUCGAGAAAGAAAAAAGAAAAUUGGUGAUUGCAUUUUUUUAUCUGUUUUGUUUUUGUUUUCGAAAGCUGAAUGCACCGAAGCAAAACCGAUUUUUUAAUCACAAAAUAACAAACAUACACACACCGAAUCAUUGAGAAGGGAAAAGAACAAAUAGUUUUUUUUCUGUUUGUUUCAUUAGAGUCGUGAAAAUUGUUUCACCAUUUCACUGCAAAAAUCGUGACUAUCGCCUGGAUAUCGCGUGCGAAAAUAUUCCGCUGACGACCCAAUAGUUGAAUUACGAUUUAUUGCCGCUGAUUUUUCCGAUUAUUAUUGCUAUUUGGAGAAAAGAACGUUAAAUCGUGUGAUUGUGGAAUAUAAAAAGAAACGAUAAACAAUAUCUGGUUGGUGUGCUGAAGUGUAAUUGCAUUGAACGAGACAUUUUUUUUUCGUUGAGCUGAAAUCGAGCGAGAGAAAAUUGGUUGAUUUAUGUGUGUUUAGUAACAGUCGGAACGGGCUAUGAAACUAUUACCGUAAAUGAGCCAGAGAUCAUUUUCCUAGCAACAGCAACAGCAGCAUUGUGAUUAAAUUGACAAUUAAAGUCAGAUAAAGUGCAGAAAAAAGUAAUAAUUCAUACAAGAAACCUUGAGAAAAAAAAAUCUAAAAAAAGACAUGAAGAUGAAGUCGCUACAGUCACUACAAGUGUAUACAGUCCUAUUUGUGUUCACAAGCAUAGUCAUAUCAACGGCCAGCGGACGAGUGGCAUUCGAAAAAUUAACCGAUUUCGAUUUCUCCGGCCAAACGUACUACAGUGUAAAGAAUCUAUCGUUGUACGAGUGCCAGGGUUGGUGUCGUGAAGAACAAGAUUGCCAGGCAGCCGCUUUCAGCUUCGUAUUGAAUCCAUUGACACCGGCACAAGAAACACUUUGCCAAUUGCAAAAUGAUUCGAGCGCCCACAAUCCAAGCGCUGUGCCACAACGCUCUGCAAGCAUGUACUACAUGGUCAAAUUACAGUUGCGAAGUGACAAUAUUUGCAUGCGACCAUGGGCAUUUGAGCGAGUGCCAAACAAAAUAAUUCGCGGUGCGGACAAUGCAUUGAUUUACACCAGUACAAAGGAGGCUUGUUUGUCGGCCUGUUUGAAUGAGAAACGUUUCGUGUGCCGUUCAGCUGAGUAUGAUUACAAUAACAUGAAGUGUGUGCUUAGCGAUUCAGAUCGUCGAACAACUGGACAAUUUGUGCAAUUAGUCGAUGCCCAAGGAACUGAUUACUUCGAGAACUUGUGUUUGAAACCAACACAAGCCUGUAAGAAUACUCGUGUCUUCCAAAAUCCUCGAAUUGGUGUUGCCGAUGAGAAAAUCGCCCAGUAUGCCGGUUUGCAUUACUACACGGAUAAAGAGUUGCAAGUUACAUCAGAGCCAGCCUGUCGCUUGGCUUGUGAAAUUGAAUCGGAAUUCUUAUGCCGUUCAUACCUCUUCAUGGGACAACCACAAGGCUCACAAUACAAUUGCCGUCUCUAUCAUUUGGAUCACAGAUCACUUCCAGAUGGACCGUCGACUUACUUGAACGCAGAAAGACCGUUGAUCGAUCACGGCGAAGCAACUGGACAAUACAGUGAAAAUUUCUGCGAAAAAAAUCCAACCGCAAGCCCAUCCGAAUUGCCCGUCAGUUUUGAUACACCCGUCGAAGUCGAUCCGAAUUUAACCAAUUUCACUCGAUCUGAUGCCAAUUGCGAUAAAACUGGAACUUGCUACGAUGUUGCCGUGCAUUGCAAAGACACACGAAUCGCCGUUCAAGUUCGUACCAAUAAGCCGUUCAAUGGCCGAAUCUAUGCAUUGGGUCGGUCGGAAACGUGCAACAUCGAUGUGGUCAAUUCUGAUGCAUUCCGUUUGGACUUAACAAUGGGUGGCCAAGAUUGUAAUACACAAUCUGUGACUGGUGUCUAUUCGAACACUGUUGUACUCCAACAUCACAGCGUCGUUAUGACAAAGGCUGAUAAGAUCUACAAAGUGAAGUGCACCUAUGAUAUGAGCUCAAAAAAUAUUACCUUCGGAAUGAUGCCAAUCCGCGAUCCUGAAAUGAUUCACAUCAAUUCAUCGCCAGAAGCACCACCACCAAGAAUUCGCAUUUUGGAUACACGUAGCCGCGAAGUUGAAACCGUUCGUAUCGGUGAUCGUCUUACCUUCCGCAUUGAAAUUCCUGAAGAUACACCAUACGGUAUCUUUGCUCGUUCAUGCGUGGCCAUGGCCAAGGAUUCGAAGAGCACAUUCCAAAUUAUCGACGAUGAAGGUUGUCCAGUCGAUCCAACCAUUUUCCCAGGAUUUUCUCCCGAAGCAAAUGCAUUGCAAUCAGUCUAUGAAGCGUUCCGUUUCACCGAAAGCUACGGUGUUAUCUUCCAAUGUAAUGUGAAAUACUGCUUGGGACCAUGUGAACCGGCCGUUUGCGAAUGGGGACGUGAUUCGCUUGAAUCGUGGGGAAGAAAGCGUCGUUCAGUUGCAAGCAAUGAAACGCAAGAAAAUGACGAAGAAACAAAUAUUUCGCAAGAAAUCUUAGUUUUGGACUUUGGAGAUGAGAAGAGCGAGUUCUUGCGAAGUGGCGGUGAAUCCGACUUCAACGGAGACAAAACCGUUACAAUAAUCGAGCCAUGCCCAACGAAGACGUCCGUAUUUGCGUUAGCUGUCACAUGUGCCUUGAUGAUUUUAGUAUACCUUUCAACAAUAUUCUGCUAUUUCAUGAAGAAAUGGAUGCAACCACACAAACUGAUGGCAUAAACGUGCUGAUAUGCUUGUUAGCGUUACACCUAGACGAACUAACUGUUUAACACGUACACAAUUCUGAGUAUUAGGCUGGAAUUAUAACUUCCAAUAGAACAUAUAGACAUAUUUAAAAUUAAUUAAAAAGAAGAAGAAAAACUAUGAGCACAUAAUUGGAGUAGAUUUUGCGAUGAAUGGCGCUAAUUGCAUUUUUUU